CCGCCGCCGCCGCCGCCGCUGCUGCCUGGAUAUAGUGCGGCAAGGAGCGGAGCUCGCAAUCACUUUGCAAGGAGGAGCGCGCGGGCUGCGGACGGCUGGGGCGCCCCGGGAGCGGCGGCGGCUCUAGCAGAGGCGGCCGUGACAGCGGAAGGUUCUCUCUCCGGGACUGGACUGAAUAACUUUGGAACUGUCCACCAGUGUCACGUCCUGAACAUGAGCCUCCUCCUCUCCUUCUACCUGCUCGGGUUGCUUGUCAGUAGCGGGCAAGCUCUUCUUCAAGUGACAAUUUCACUUAGCAAAGUAGAGCUUAGUGUGGGAGAAUCUAAAUUCUUCACAUGUACAGCAGUUGGUGAACCUGAGAGUAUAGACUGGUAUAAUCCUCAAGGAGAGAAGAUAAUUUCAACACAGAGGGUAUCAGUGCAAAAGGAAGGUAUUAGAUCACGAUUAACCAUCUACAAUGCAAAUAUAGAAGAUGCAGGGAUAUAUCGUUGUCAAGCAACAGAUGCCAAAGGACAGACACAAGAAGCCACAGUUGUUUUGGAAAUUUACCAAAAACUCACUUUCAGAGAAGUGGUGUCUCCUCAAGAGUUCAAACAAGGAGAGAAUGCAGAAGUGGUUUGCCGAGUCAGCAGUUCACCUGCACCUGUUGUCAGCUGGUUGUAUCAUAAUGAGGAAGUCACCACUAUUUCCGACAAUCGGUUUGCUAUCUUAGCCAACAAUAAUUUGCAGAUUCUCAACAUCAAUAAAAGUGAUGAAGGUAUAUACAGGUGUGAAGGAAGAGUGGAGGCUAGGGGAGAAAUUGACUUCCGUGAUAUCAUCGUUAUUGUUAAUGUGCCGCCAGCAAUCACAAUGCCUCAGAAAUCCUUUAAUGCCACAGCAGAGAGAGGAGAGGAGAUGACAUUUUCCUGCAGAGCCUCUGGCUCUCCUGAGCCCACCAUUUCCUGGUACAGGAAUGGCAAAUUUAUUGAAGAAAAUGAAAAGUACAUACUGAAAGGAAGCAAUAAAGAACUCACUGUCAGGAACAUAAUCAAUAGUGAUGGGGGCCCGUAUGUCUGCAGGGCCACAAACAAGGCAGGAGAAGAUGAAAAACAGGUACUUCUCCAAGUCUUUGUACAGCCUCACAUAAUACAGCUUAAAAAUGAGACUACAUAUGAGAAUGGUCAAGUCACACUAAUAUGUGAAGCAGAAGGGGAGCCUAUUCCAGAAAUCACGUGGAAAAGAGCAGUGGAUGGCAUCACUUUUUCCGAAGGCGAUAAGAGCCCAGAUGGACGUAUCGAAGUCAGAGGGCAACACAGAAGCUCAUCACUGCAUAUUAAAGAUGUGAAGUUGUCAGAUUCAGGGAGAUAUGACUGUGAAGCUGCAAGUAGAAUUGGAGGGCACCAGAAAAGCAUGUACCUUGAUAUUGAAUAUGCUCCCAAGUUCAUAUCAAACCAAACAAUUUAUUACUCUUGGGAAGGAAAUCCAAUCAAUAUAAGCUGUGAUGUGAAAUCUAAUCCACCAGCAUCAGUCCAUUGGAGAAGAGAGAAAUUAGUCUUGCCAGCUAAAAACACCACUAAUUUAAAGACAUAUAGUGCAGGGAGAAAAAUAAUAUUAGAGAUUGCACCUACAUCUGACAAUGACUUUGGACGAUAUAAUUGCACAGCCACUAACCGUAUAGGAACAAGAUUUCAAGAAUAUAUUCUUGCUUUGGCUGAUGUGCCAUCCAAUCCCUAUGGAGUGAAGAUUAUAGAGCUGUCACAGACCACAGCCAAGGUUUCUUUCAGCAAGCCGGACUCCCAUGGAGGUGUGCCUAUUAAUCACUAUCAAGUGGAUGUUAAAGAAGUGGCAUCAGAAACCUGGAAAAUAGUACGCUCCCAUGGAGUUCAAACAAUUGUUGUUUUGAGCAACCUGGAACCAAAUACAACUUAUGAAAUCAGAGUUGCAGCUGUAAAUGGAAAAGGACAAGGAGACUACAGUAAUAUAGAAAUUUUCCAAACAUUACCAGUUCGUGAACCAAGUCCUCCGUCGAUACAUGGACAGCCAAGCAGUGGGAAGAGCUUUAAACUCAGUAUCACCAAACAAGAUGAUGGAGGGGCCCCUAUUUUGGAAUACAUUGUGAAAUAUAGAAGUAAAGAUAAAGAAGACCAGUGGCUAGAGAAAAAAGUGCAGGGAAAUAAAGACCACAUUAUUUUAGAGCAUCUACAGUGGACAAUGGGGUAUGAAGUUCAAAUUACAGCUGCCAAUAGAUUGGGAUAUUCAGAACCAACAGUCUAUGAGUUCAGCAUGCCACCAAAACCCAACAUUAUUAAAGAUAAAUGCUGUGAAGCGAAUAAAGGUGAAAAUGGAAGCCAGUCAUGGCAGCGGAAUGCUGCUGGGUUAUCUUUCAUUAUAGCCAUAAGUUUGUCUUGCGUGUUUUAAUGUUGCUAAAUCAUCUAUUUCCUUUUAUUCCCUGCAAAUUUACAAGGCUAAUCUAAAAUUAUAAUGAAAUAUUUUCUAAGGUCCAACUAAUUAUGCACCUAUCCUUACCCAUGAAUAGUUAGCCUUUUUUCCCUUCCCCAAAUUGUUGACCUUUAAAGUAUUUGUCAGAAAAUCACAGAAGGAAACUGAACCAGGAUUGUUUCUUCCAAAUACUAGCUCACAGCGUAACUUGUUUCAUUCUAAAUUUUUCUUUAAUUUCUAAAGUUGAGCUUAUUAAAUAUCAUGUCACUUUUAUUUGGAACUCAAGCGUUUGCUAUAUAUAAUCUUUCAUUUGAUUAUUUUACAAAUAUAACUCAAUAUCCAUGGCCAUACACUGUAUAAGUAGAAAUUUUGUUACAUAGAAUUAUGGAUCUUUUAUAUUGUUUUGGAUUGUUAUUCUUUUAAAUGUAAGUUUCCAACUUUAUAAACAUUUAUAAUAUUUCAUUGUUUACCAUUUAUAUAAAAUAUAAACCUGAUAACUUUUAUUAUAUUAGAUGUGUAUCCUAUUGUGCUGCCUUAUUUUCUUGACUUAAAAUGUCAUAAGGAAUAAAAGUGAAACGGAGCUCUUUUUCUUCAAUUUGAAAACCAAUUUUUAAAAAUCCAAACUUUUUUUUCAUUAAGUGAAAAUAUCUUCUGAAGUUGCCCCAAAAUAAAUAAAAAUUAAGUUUGAAUAUGUUUAAAAAGUUGCACCCUGUGCACUAGAUUGGAAUUGUGUUUUGAGGUGGCAUCAAGUAUUCAUGUUCUAACAAUAUGUAUACUUAUUUAUUACCUUUUCCUGGACACCUGAGUCAAUUUCUUUGCAAGGAUCAGAGAGAGAAAUAAAUAUUUUAGCUACUACUUUCAAGAAGAGGAAAUUGAGAUGAGAAGGAGGUGUUACUAGAUUCCAGCUCUCAGAGGAGAUUCCUCUGGAUUUGAGGGAGUAACAUAAAUAAUGAUUUUUGUUUUCACAUUUUCAUUCAUCGCAAAAUGAGAAAAGAGUGUUUUGUGCUUUCUACUCCCAGCCACAUGCUAGCAAGUGAUUCUUACUACUCACUCAGGACAAUUAGCAGGCAAUCAGAGUUAUAUAUAUAUUAACAAGAGUGACUGUAGCUUACAUGGUAAAUCAAAUUAUUGGUUUCUGGGCUUUGAGAUUCAUUCACCAAAAUCAAUUUGUUUUGUUGCAUGAAAAUAUUCUCUGUCUUUAAAAAAUACCUACAGGAUCCUAUCACGUAACGUCUAAAGAUAGACCUGCCUUCGGUAGUCUGUUUUCUGUAAUUUAUCUUUUCCAUACUCUUUGCUGUCUACUACUGUACUUUUUUUCUUCUGAGCUAGUAACAGACCUGUAGAAUGCAGAAGUGACCCCAUCCACAGAUUAAACACACUUCUUUCUCCCCUGCUGAGACAAAGGGAUUUCCCAAUUCCAAUUUUGCAGUGUGGGGAUUUAACCUAUUUAUUGGGAAUGUUUGAUUUUUAAAAUUAAAAGAGCCAAUGUUCUGUUUAUUGAAUAACUAAUUAUAAUUGCAUACUACAUCCAUGAUUGCAUAUCAUAUUCCAUGAGUUUGGAUAAGACUUGUAGAUAUGUUGAUUAGUAACAUGUAACAAGUGCUGGGAAGGAAAGGAGUUCCAAUAACACUUCCAUGAACAAUUUUUCCCAUUCAUUAUAACCUGACUGGAUCUCUCCAAUAAAUUGUAAAUAUUUCCGUGAGAAAGUCAUAGAAAUUAUCUUGAUUUAGUUCAUGAUUACAAAAUGCUUUUUUGAAGAACAUGUAAUAUGUCUUUAGUAAGAUAACAAAGUUGAUUUUUAUUUGAAAUUUUAUAUUCUGUAACUCAAAGUCACCAGUGAUAAGAAGAACACUCAGUCUGGUUUGCAUGAUACCUAGACUGACAUUUGGACAGUUCAGAAAAGAACCUAAAAUUGAAAUUCUCAUAUCUUAGCAGAAUGAUUUACACUUAAUGAGUGGUUCAUUUAGAUUUUUUAAACAUCUAAGUAAAGAUCAAGAUAUUAAUCCUAAAAUUAAUGAACUAUUUAUCCUUUGGCUAAAUGUUUAUUCUUAGAUUAACAGUUAUUUUACAGUUCUAAGAUAUGCAUAAAGUUUAAAAAAUUCUCAGACAUAAAAUAAUCGACUCUGUGCUUUGUCUUACGUCUAUAAGAAAUAGGAAAGCACAAAACUAUAAACAAUUCAGCUAUUGCAUUUCAUAAAAUGAAACCUUAGAGAUUGUAAAUUACCUUCUUGGAUUUUUUUUAUAUCUUGAUAAUAUGUAAGUGUUGCUGAAUUAUCUCUUUUAUUACUUGAGCUUUACUCUUGUUAUAUGCAACCAUAAAGUCUAACUGACAGCACGUUUUUGUCUAAUUAAUGUCUGCUGUAGGUUUAAGUAAAUGUGACUGAUAAGCAAGACAUAAAAAUUCUCCCUAGUAUCACCCCAAAAUUCUUUUUCAUCCAGUGGAUUUUUAAAUAAAAUUCUGUGUCUGAAAUGUAUAAAUAUGAAUUUGUGUGUAAGGUGAGUUUUGUUAUUCAUUGUGUAUAAUCAUAAAUAUGUACCUAUGUUUAUUGAUGUGUAUAUCUUAUCAGCCAAUGUUAAAAUCAUUUUAAAAGUUUGUUUUGACCAUAUUAUACCAGUUGUAAAGUUAGGUUGAUUUGCUUAUGCAUAAUCGCCAUUAUCUGCAUGUGAAGUAUCAUGAUUAAUUUUUUUAUGUAAACCUGAAAUCUCCUUUUUUCUUCUCCCAAUUUUUUGAAGUCUAUCUUCUUUUCUCCAUUUAUCCUUCAGCCUUACAUGUCUCUCUACUCCAAUUCAAGCUCUAAUUAUUUAUCAUAUAGCUAUAAGGCCCAUCAAACCACAUUUUAGAUAUCCUAACAGAUUAAGACUAGGAGGUAGUAGUAAAAUCUUUUUCCUAUGAAAUUUUUUCUUACAUGGAAGAACUUUAAGUAAAUUGUCAUUUUUAUUUUUCUGUCCUAAUGCUAUUAUUCAUUGGGAAUAAGUAGAUUUUAUAAACUCUAUACCCAUACUCUUUCCCAAACUAUUAUGCAAGUGUACAUAUGUGCAUCAAUUACUGGUAGACAAGAACAAGGUUGAAACACUUAAAGACUUGCUUCAUUUUUCUUAAAAAAUUUUUUUCUUUUUUUUUCU